GGCCGCCCUCAGGGCUCCGGCGCCAAGUUCAGAGCCACGCGCAGUGCUCUUGGCCGGGAGGAGGCUGUGCUGCACCAGCACCUCUUGAUCCACAUCUCCAGAGAGCCCAGAUGAUGCCAUUGUUGGAACCUGGGAAGGUCGGAAGGAAUAGCUGAGGGCCCUGUGGCCGAGUGUGUCCAGCCCAGUGUCAUGGGGAGCUUCCAUAUCUCAUGGCUCCUUGCUGGGCCAAGCCCUCCAGAACCCCAAACCCCCAAAGACUGAUGAAUGCCAGAGUGGCCACCUUGCUUAUCCGUGGCCCCGGCCUUGGUGAUCACCAUGGCAGCUGGGAAGGGAGCCCCGUUGAGCCCAUCGGCUGAAAACAGAUGGCGACUUAGCGAACCUGAGCUGGGCCGGGGCUGCAAGCCAGUGCUGCUCGAGAAGACGAACCGCCUGGGCCCUGAGGCUGCUGUGGGCAGGGCGGGCCGGGAUGUGGGCAGUGUGGAGCUGGCACUGUUGGCAGCCCCAGGCAAGCCCCGACCUGGCAAGCCGCUGCCCCCAAAGACACGUGGAGAGCAGAGGCAGAGCGCCUUCACGGAGCUGCAGAGGAUGAAGGACCGGCAGGUGGAUGCUCAGGCCCAGGAGAGGGAGCACGAUGACCCCACAGGCCGGCCUGGUGCCCCACAGCCGACCCAGAACAUCCCCAGAGGCCCAGCUGGCAGCAAAGUCUUCUCUGUGUGGCCCAGCGGAGCACGAGGUGAGCAAAGAAGCGCCUUUAGCAAACCAACCAAGCGACCAGCAGAGAGGCCUGAGCUAACCUCAGUCUUCCCUGCAGGGGAAUCUGCAGACGCCCUGGGGGAGCUGUCUGGACUCCUCAACACUACAGACCUCGCUUGUUGGGGUCGACUUUCAACUCCCAAGCUUUUGGUUGGUGAUUUGUGGAAUUUGCAAGCAUUGCCACAGAAUGCUGCACUCUGUAGCACUUUCCUGGGUGCCCCUACACUGUGGCUGGAGCACACCCAGGCCCAGGUGCCCCCACCCUCAUCAUCCUCCACCACUUCGUGGGCCCUCCUGCCACCCACCCUCACCUCCCUGGGCUUGUCCACCCAGAACUGGUGUGCAAAGUGCAACCUGUCCUUUCGCCUAACGUCCGACCUGGUCUUUCACAUGCGAUCCCACCACAAAAAGGAGCAUGCGGGGCCUGACCCACAUUCUCAGAAGCGGAGAGAAGAGGCCCUUGCCUGCCCUGUGUGCCAGGAGCACUUCCGGGAGCGCCACCACCUCUCCCGGCACAUGACUUCUCACAGCUAGCAGGUGGCCGCAGAAUGACCUGCUGGGUGCGGCAGCCAGCCUUUGGCAGAGGGGGGCUCCCUGGGCCUGCCUUGAGGGGGCUGUCAUGGUCCUUUGCAGAGCUGCCGCUUUUGGCAUUCAUAGAUAAACAGCUCAGGCAUAAUUUGAAAAAGCCACACCUGCAUGAUGUGUUUUGAAGGAAAUGAAGUCCUGAAAUAAAGUGAUGGGCUUUGCAAAUGCAGGGUAGAGGCCCUAACAGGCACAGAGGCAGGGGCAACUCCUGGCACACAUCAUGGGCUUUGGAGGCACACAAGCCUGGAUUCGAAUCUGGGCUCUUUCACAUACUAGCUGUGACUCUGGACAAAGAGCUUUAACCUGCUGAGUCCCCAUUUUCUCAUCUGUGAAAUGGAGAUGAUAACACUGUGUCUUAGGUUGGCAUUCAGGUCACAUGAAAGGUGUGUGGAAAGUGGCCAGCAUUCUGCCUACAGACCCUGAGCACUGAGUCAACAAGGUUUGUGAUGAUGUCUGUACUAGUUAGCUAUUGUUAUUAACAAGAUCUCCAUGGCAGACAAGCUAAAGCAUCUGCCUAAGUCGUGAGUCUGUGGGUUGGCUCAGGUUAAGCUGAGCUUGGCUGGGCUUGGCAGCAAGUCUCAGAUCUGAUCAAGUCAUAUUCGUUUUCUUCUUCGGCUGGUGGGCUACCCAGAGCGAGCACGCUUCUCUCACGGUCAUGCCAAGAACACAGGAGGGUGAGUCUAACAAGCACACCUCAAGCCUCUGCUUGGGUCACAUUGCCAACGUCCUCUCAGCCCAUACAAGUGGCAGGACCAGGCCCAAUAUUAAGGAGUGGAAAAGUGUAGGCUGCCCUUGGUGAAGCUGUGACAAGGGAGUGACCAUCCAUCCCCUCCACAGGAGGGUGAGGAAUUGGGACAGGUAAUUCCAGCCAAUACCUGGUCCAUAGUUCUUCACAUUGUGAGUAUAUGAAUACGGGGAAAUAGAACCCCCUCCCCACCACCUACACACAUGCUGUUUUACCUUCCAAGAAUAGGACAUGUGCAAAAACUAGGCUUCCAGAUCGUGAGGCUGGGGAGCAUUCUAGGUACCACUUAUUAUCUACUGCGUUUCGGUCAGUAGCUGUUGUAGGUACCCGCAUCAGCCCUUGUUCCUAAGGAUGUGUGGAGCCCAGGCCGUACUCUUUGACAUUCCACAGGUCAGUCUGCGUGAAAGCCCUUUGUGGGGCGUUUCCAAGCCAGUGUCGUUUUUGCACUGGUUUCCACCUCACUGUCAGAUAUUGUUCUUUUGAUAUGCAGUUUCCAGCCCUCCAAUGAGUCCCCAGCACAGAUCUCAGGCUUGUGGCUGGGAAUAAGCCCGGCUGAGCAGGUGGGGAUCUCAGCCAGCCUCCCAGACUGCACCUCUUCUCUUGCUCUCCUCUGUCCACCGUUCCAGGCAGCAGCACUCCCACCUGGCUGCUCUGAUGUCCUCGCUCCCUCCAUUCCUGCCUCUCACCAUGCACGCAUCCAUUGUCCACACACACACAACCAGAUAAUCUUCUGAAAGUGUAACUCAGAUGAUGCCUCCAACCCUGUGGCUGCCCUUCACACUUACAGGCCUAAUCCCAGCAGGACCUGCCAGCUGCUUCAUGAACAAGUCCCUGCCUCAUGUUAAUUGCAAGCACUCAUUUCACUCUCCCUGUGUGCCAGGCAAUAGCAUAAACACUGGAAGAAUACAGAUGUUAUAGUGAGUCCUACAAUAGCCCUGGAAGGCAAGAGCUGUUUCCUUUCCAUUUCUACAAUGAGUCAGUUGCAGAUGAUGCUAUAACACUUCCAGUGUUUCUGACACUUCCCUGAAGCUAUACCUGCUACCUUCAUGGGCUGAGCUUGCCCUUAUGAGGCCCACAGGUGGCAGUGGGCAGAGGGGACCCCGCUAUACCACCUCGCUGCUAUUCCACUGUCUGCUCCCGUGUUCUGACCACAGCUCUGGUGCCAUUUCUCAAGCCUGGGCUUCAUUCAACAUUUUCUAUCUAGCUCUUCAUGGUGCUGCUCCUGCUAUGGUUCCACAGGGCUUCUUCUCGCAGGUCAGCUCCUUAGAGAGGUCUCCCAGAUUCCCCGUAAAGCAGCCCUGCUGCCUCUGUCUCUCUCAGCCGCAUCACCCUGUUGCUUCCUUCACAGCCUGUCUCACCAUCUGCAACCAUCUUUCUGUUUGUCGUCUUGUUGAUUUGCUGCAUCCACACUGUCAGCUCCUUGGGAAUAGAGAUUGGUUUGUUUACUGUGCAUCCCUGGUGCCCAGAACAGGGCAUGGCAUAUUGUUGGUGCAUAAUAAAUAUUGUGGAAAUAAUUUCUGUGUGAGAAGCUGGGUCUGAAUAUGUGUGCAAUCUUCCUUUGGCUGUGGAGGGUUGCAGGAGGCUGCCAUGCAGCUGGAAGGCUCCGUGUGUACUGAGCUUCCUUCACCUACGCUGUCUCCCUGGCCGGGCAAGGGAUUGAGUGAGUGGGUCCAUUUCCAUUCAUUUAUUCAGCAUCCCUGGGCACUUUGAGCUGAGCCUCAAAGGCAAGUGUGUGCCGGUGAUUUGGUGAUGCAGGCAGGGGAGCAGUGGCUGAGGAGAAAGAUCAGUCCAGAGUCUGCAAUUGUGUCAGGGUGUGAGGAGGAGAUGGAGGGGCAGGGGUAGGAGGGCCUCACGGGAGAGUGGUUUGGACCGAGGGGACUGAGGGCUUGGCUCGGAGAGGCACUUUGGGGGUGCUCUCCAGCUGCAGUGGGGAGCGUGGCCUGGAGGAGGGGGCCUGGACCCCCUGAGCUCAUUGUCUUCCACAUCUAGAAGAGGGAAGGGUGCUCCCUGCAGGUGCCAAUAAAGCAUCAUCAUUCCCAUAGGGACACUGGGAGGUCCCUUGCUCACUAAGACAAGACAAGGAAAAGCUCAGCCUUGCUGGCCCCUUUAGGUGCUGUGUGGGGGUGUCAUUUACACAUGGAGAGGCUGAGCACAGAAGGCAGCUGAAGCUAUGGAGCCUCCUCCCCGUGUGCUGUCACAGGUGAGGCAGGAAAGGGCAACUCAAGGUCUCGGCAUGAGGCCCCACACUAUGCACUUGACACGCAGCAGCCAGGAGGCAGAUUGUUAUUAAUAAUUCCCACUCUACUGCAGAUGACAUUAAACUCCAAGAGGUCAAGAACUUUCCUAAGACCAUGGGCUCAGGAGCAUCAGUGCAAGAAUAAGACUCCAGGACCCCAGAUUGAGCUCAUGUCCUUUUUAGCCUGCCACUUGUCUGCCCAGCCCAGUGUGGUUGGAUGGUUCAGGAACUGGGACAGCAGCAGGUGUAGGCUCCCUGUCGCAAAUUUCAACUCACACCUGCUACUCGUAAACACACACACUUUCCUAUCGUCCUUCUCUCCAGCACUUUCACUAUCUUGCAUACUAAGUCUUUCACUGAUUUGUCUUGCUUACCGUGUCUCCUAUCACUAGAAUGUAAGCUCUGUGAGGGAUUUUUGGUGGGUUUUUUUUUUACCUGCAGCAUUGCUGGCAUCUAGAGAAAUGUAGCCACAUAGCAGGUGUUCAACAGACAUUUGUCAAAUGAAUGAAUGAGUGAGAUGCCUGGUUCUGGCCUGGCAAUUGCCACAUCUCAAAUCAGCUUCUCAGGAGGGUUUUAGGAUCUAUCAAAUGCUGUGCACAAUUGUCCUUCUCUGGCUUAAUUGAUUGGUUUGUAAUUUCUGUGAAAUCUCUUUGAAAGGCAGAAAUGUGCCAAGACAUGAUAGACACUUAGAACUGAAGGGACUUUAGAUUUCUAGACCACACCCUCCCUGUACAACAUUGGACUUUGAGGUCCACAGACAUGAGCUGAUGUGCUCAGCGUUGCAGGGCAAGUGGUGGUGAGGUCAAGUUUAGAACCACUGAGAGGUCUGGACCUUGCCCCAUCCACAAUCCGUGAGGAACCUCAGCUAGGCCAAACGACAGUUUACACUGCAUGUGACUAGAACGGCCUCACAUGUAAUUAUUAGUAACCUUGACAAGUUACACCAUUCCCAAGCAGGAUAGGCAUUUAGGAAAAUUUGAAGUUAUGAAAAACAACACACUAUCUUCCCCCAACUCUGAUUUUUAAGUUGGAGUUAAUUUUGGUAAAAAUGGAUGUAGAUCCAAAUUGCUCACAGCCAGCCAUUUAAAUGGACAAACUCAAAAGUGAUUUGUGGAAGUGAUGGGUUUACAGCUUGUUAAUAUUGCAGUCCUUAAUUAUCACCAGGCUGGGUUCCCAGAGUCUCUUUGGGAGUCAAAUCCUCUCUUAGCCCUUCUCCAUUUCUGCCCUCCUGUAUCUCCUGGAGAGUAGACAUGUUAAAUCAUGGUUUUGCUCAAGCUCUCUCUACCACUUCUAUGGUCUGAAUGUUUGUGUCUCCCAAAACUUAUGUAAAAUCCUAACCCCUGAGGUAAUGGUAUUAGGAGGUGGAGCUUUUGGGAGGUUGGAAUUCGUGCCCUUACAAAAGAGGCUGGGCGCAGCGGCUCAUGCCUAUAAUCCCAGCACUUUGGGAGGCCGAGGCGGGCAGAUUAUGAGGUCAGGAGUUUGAGACCAGGCUGGCCAAUAUGGGGAAACCCCAUCUUUAGUAAAAAUACACACACACACACACAAAAUUAGCUGGGUGUGGUGGCGGGCACCUGUAAUCCUAGCUACUUGGGAGGCUGAGGCAGGAGAAUUGCUUGAACCCAGGAAGCGGAGUUUGCAGUGAGCCAAGAUUGCACCACUGCACUCCAGCCUGGGUGACAGAGGAAGACUCUGUCUCGGGAAAAAAAAAAAGAAAGAAACCCCAGUGGCUGGCUGCAGUGGCUCAUGCCUGUAAUCCCAGCACUUUGCGGGGCUGAGGUGGGAAGAUUGCUCAAGGACAGGCGUUUGAGACCAGCCUGGGCAACAUAGUGAGACACCCCUCUCUACAAAAAAUACAAGAAUUAGCUGUAUAUGGUGGUGUGUGUGCCUAUAGUCCCAGCUACUCAGGAGGCUGAGAUGGGUGGGGUGCUCGGGGGAGCUACUUCAACUCAGGAGUUUAAGGCUGCAGUGAGCUAUGAUUGUGCUACUGCAUUCCGGCCUGGGCAACACAGUGAGACCCAGUUUCUAAAAAAUUAAAAUAAACCGCAGAGACCUAGUUCCCUGCUUCCACCAUGUGAGAAUGCAGCUGAAAGUUGCCAUCUCCCAACUAGGAAGAUGGCACCAAACACCAAAGCUGCUGGCACCUUGAUCUGGGACUUCCGAGUCUCUAGAACUGUCAGUGAUAAAUUUCCGUUGUUAAUAAGUCAUCCGGUUUAUGGUAUUUUGUUAUAGCAGCCCAAAUGGACUAGGCAGUCACCUUCUAUAUGCCAGUUAAGAGUUGGCAUGAGAUGUUGCCACAAUGUGUCACAUCAGCAGGUAUUAAUUGUACAAUCCUGGGCAAGAAUUACCACAUUCCUUAAAUUCUCUAUGUCUAAUUGAAUCAGCUCAGCACCCCAUCCUGUGGUCCUGGUAAGAUACUCACCCUGUCACUAUUGAAUUCCUAACCUGUCUCUCAAGCUCACAAAAGCUCCUCAAUGCCCCACCUCAAGAUCGUACCCUGUCGCUUAGUGCCCCAGGGUGUCCCCUUGCUGUUCUGGCCAGCUUUGCUUCUAUUCUCCACUCUCCUAGGAUCUAGGGCCUUGGUGGCUUUCUGGCAAAGCUGUUAGUAGGCAUGUGACACGAAGACACUGAGUCGAUGAGCAGAAAGUCUUGGCUGACCUUAUGGAACAGAGGAGGAAAAAUAUCUACAGUAGCUGGAAACAUGGCAAAUUCUAUCUUAAUAAAUUAUCUCCCAGCGGCAGCCAUUCAAUUCAGAUUUAUAAAAGUCCUCAAAAUAUGCUAAUGAGGCUAAACUAAGACAUUCUGAAUUCAGAUUCAUUUUGGUUCUCAGUUUUAACAAAGGUCAAGUUUUCUUUCUGUUUUUACCUGGGAAAGGAUUAAAACCACUACAAUGGUGGGCUCCUAGAAUCCAGCUUCUUGCCAAUUCCUGCAUCUUUAGGCCAGGGAUCCUAAGCUCAAAUGUCUAUUGAAGUAGGCUAAUGAGUGGAUGGAGCUGCCUGUAAGUGGCAAUGGUGGGGAGCUCAAUGCCUGGGUGAAGACUGCACAGCCAGGCUGGAUGCAGGCCUCGAGAAAGGCCAGAGUUCAGGUCUUUAUAUGAAAUUUGUUGUCAACCGACACAAUAGUUUUGCAAACACUGAUGGCCAAAGUGACAUGGAUUCGUGGAAGCAUGUCAGUGGUGGUGAUGGUGCAGGGUCACCACCAGCCGGUGACCCCUUACUCUGUUAUGCUCCCAGCUUUGGAACAGGCCGGUGCUGGGCCUGGCGCUUCUAACCUCAGCUGUACCACCCUGUUCCUGUGAGCACGGAGAGAGAGCCCUUAUCAGGGGUGAAAGUCGGCCAGAGUAGCCCCCAGGCCAGGCUUGCACUCCUCAUUAUCUUGGAAAGUGAUGGCGCCAUCUGGAGGCAGCAGGCCUUCCUGCAGGCCACUUCCCUUCAGAGAGGGAAUCACGCACCCUUGUCGUUUGUCUAAUUUUGUUGUGUUUUUAGAAGUCAUGUGGUAGGUCUACAGAUGGCAUAGCAAGAUCAGAGCCUCAUAGGAUAAACCUUUUAUUUGAAAAAUAAGCCAUUCUCCAACAUGGGUUGGGUUGUGACACUUCCUAGGAGAGAAGAAGUUUCAGAAACCAUUUUGUUUGUUUUGUUCUGUUUUUGGAGAUGGAGUCUUGCUCUGUUGCCCAAGCCUGAGUGCUCGAUCUCAGCUCACUGCAACCUCAGCCUCCCAGGUUCAAGUGAUUCUCUCGCCUCAGCCUUCCGAGUAGCUGGAAUUACAUGCACCCGCCAUUAUGCCCAGUUAAUUUUUGUAUUUUUGUAGAGUUGGGAUUUCACCAUGUUGGCCAGGCUGGUCUUGAACUCCUGACCUCAGGUGAUCUGCUUGCCUCAGCCUACCAAAGUACUGGGAUUACAGGCCUGAGCCACUGUGCCCGACCCAGAAACUGGUUUUGAAAGGGGGUUGGGGAGGCAGUGCCUGCAGGGAGAAUGGGAGGGGUUCUCUAACGUUUUCUUUCCAUUCAUCUUGCCAUCUCGUGUUUUCCUGGGGCAAGACGGAGGAAGCCGCUAUCUUCUGAUCCCAUUGCUAUUCUAAGCUGCUUGGAUUAGGAGGCUAUUUUUAGUGCUGGCCGCCCUGGUCAGCAAAGCAGAGAGGGUACCUAGGCCAGGUGGCAGCUAAAUCCCACAGGAACCAGGAGAUGGGAGGUGGGUGCCCCCAGGCAGGGACCUUGGAGGUGGGUUUCCUGGCCUGGAGUGUGAACCGGCUGUGUUGCUUUUCUUUCUGAGUCACAUCAUUUCACCGCAUCACAGCCGUGUGGGUAACCAGGGCCCUCUGGUGCACAGUCAGGGCCCUCUACUGUGUAGGCCUGUGUGGGGCAGACACAGGGACACAGGAAGAGGAAGCUUCUUCCUCAUUGCUUCAGCCCAGCCUGAAAGCAGGAGGCCCGCGAGGGUCCCCAUGUGGCCCUUUUGCAUUCCCUAUGGAUGAAGCAUAUCACUGCAAUAGUCCCUGGCCCCUCCUUCCCUGGAUGGGGGUCACCACAUCUCCAGCAAGAACUUGGAGGUGAAGAUCACCUUUUCCUUCCUCUCCUUACGGAGCCUGGCAGAGGCAUGGCUUGUUGCUGACUGAGAGCAUCUGGAAAUGAGCCCCCAGCACUCAGAGUCACCACCCCCACCAUGCCCCCCAGCUCUGUGCUGUCAGUUCCUGGUCAGACUGCAAAGAUGCCCAUGAGUGGACUGUGCCCAUGCCCUGCCCCUGCUGCUAACAUCCAGUCCUCCAAGUCUUCUCUGGCGCCAGGGACCAGGUCUGAGACAGCUCUGUUUCCACCACUUGCCCUGUGGCUGGCCUGGCAUCCUCAGGAUCUGCCCUGGAGGGGAAAGAAAGGCAGGGAGAGAUGGGCCCAGUAUACCCUGAGUUCUUUUCUCUACCCAAUGACUCUGGCUUGGCUGCCCAGAGUGUGGCCUGGGCUUUGAUAGUGAACAAUAGGGAAGCCUCUAGGCCUGUCUUGUCCCAGAGAGCCAGCUUUGAGUCCCUGCCAGGGCCUUUAUAAUCCAUUUAUUAUACAUGCUGUCACAACAGGGCUGAGCUGACUCCUGGGGGCACUCCAGCACCCCUGGAUGCCAGUCAAAUGAACCCCUGCUUGGUACUGGGUGACUUACCUCUUCACCACAUCUGCAAGAGGGACAGAUAAAUAUGACCUUCCAGAAGUGUCUGCAUCACCUAACAAUGCCCUUCCAGUGAAGAUGAACCCCUAGCUGCAGGUCAGGCCACAGAGAUGGGGCAGGAAGCUGUGUCAGGGAUUUAAGCACAAAGCUGGGACCCCAAGACAAGGAAGGGAAAGACGAUGGCAGGCUGGGUGCAGAGCAGAGUGACAUUAACUCAGGUAUUAACUUAUCUUGGGUCCUGAUCAUUGGUGGACACUGGGUGAGCAGUGGGGGGACAGAGAGGAGGGAGUCUGAGUGUCUGGAAGGAGGUGUGGCUGUGUGCAAGAUGUGAGCUGGAGGUAAGUAGGGUUGGGCAGGGUGCAGGCCAUGAGCUCAGACCAGGGCAUAGAGAGUUGAAGGGGCCCAGGGCUCAUCUGAACUUCUAGGCAGCUAUCGGCCAUCUGGCUGUCCCACCAGAAAAGAGACCUGAUGGGAUUUUGUUUUCCUUUUCCUUUUUCUCCAGUCUUGUGCCUGCAAGCAGGUAGCAAUGCAAGAAAGCUUGCAUUUAGGAAGGCUGAGCCUGUUCUUUGCUACGCAGAGGACUUUCGCUCCUCUCUAUCUCAAACCCCCUUUCCAGAUCAGGCCCAGGGUGUCUUCAUGAUGUGGUGGAAACAGAAGGAUCUUUGGAACUGUACAGCUAUGGGUUCAGAUCUCACCUACUCUUUAACCAGCUGCACCAGACUGUGCUGUUCAUUAUAGAAAAAUGAAGUCUUUGGUGGAUGGAAGCAGACAGGGAUUUCAGGAAGGAGCCUGGAUGGUGCCCAGUCCUAGAUGGGCAGGCUGGGGGACCUGGCUGAGCAGUGGGUUGGGACAAUGGGUCACUCCACCAGGACCACAGCCAAAGUCACACCAGGAAGUCCAGGAAGCACCUCUUGAGGGUGCUGCUGCUGUCCCUGCUAAGCACAGGGCAUGGCUGUGCUGUCCCUAUACACUAGGCUUCUGGCAGAUGGCCGCUGCCCAGGCUCCCUGGCCACUUGCUCCAGAUUAAACAUCUUGCACAGGAGCUUCUGGUUGACCAAGGCAGGAUCACAUGCCCAUGCCCUACUGCCAGAAGGGCUGGAAAAGUGGGGCUUCCAGGGUGUUCAGCUUUGUGGUGGAGAAAUUAUGACAGCUAACAUUGGCUGGACACUAGAUUAACUCACUUCAUUCUCACAACUCCAAGUGUAGUAUUAUUUCUCCCAUUGAACAGAUGAACAAACUGAGGCCCAAAGAAGUGAAACAAAUUGCCCAGAACCACUCAGCUGGGGAAGUGGCUGGGCUGGUUUCCCACCCAGGCGGGGCUGACAUCACUGUUUCCUACUGAUUCCUAUGGGCAGUGAUUCUCUGAUCAUCCAAAGGUGCUGCAAAUGCUGGGUGGCCCAAAGGAGGACACAGGUCCACCAUGCUGGAUGUGUGACCUUGGGUGUGCUGCGGAGUUUGUCUGUGUCUCAGCUGGCUCCUGGGUAGAAGAUGAGAGUGGCCAGCUAUGCAGCCGGCAUGAGGCUCAGAAGAGACACAGCCAGUGUAUGUACAUCACCAGCAGAAGGGCCGCAUCAGCCCUUUCCCUAUUUAAGAUCCACAAGAUCUUUGCCACCUGCUGACCCCACAGCAUCUUGCACCACAUCUUAAACAAAAUCAGCUGUCCAUAGAGGCCAGCAGGGCAGAUCCAGAAGAUCUAAAUAAUGUGAAUGGAGAACUCAUGAAAAAAAGAGAUUUAACAACCACUAGUGAUCACUAAAUUGUGGUUAAUGUCUCAGUUAUAUAAUUUAUUUUAUCUUCUUUAUUUUGUAUUUUGGAAUAAUGAUAGCUGCAUCUGAAAAUAAUGAUAUAUGCACAUUAAUGAGUAUUUAAGAAAAAAAGCAAAGUAUGAAGAAGAAAGGUAAAAAUACCACCCCAAGUUCUACCACUUAGAAGGAACCUUUGUUAAAAUUUAGGUGGUUACUGGAAAGCAAUAUAUAUAUACAUAUAUAUACAUACACAUAUAUAUGUGUAUAUACAUGUGUGUGUGUACAUAUACACACCUCCAGCUGUAACCUAACCAGAGCUCAGCAGGCCCCUUUGCUGCCCCUGGGAACCUCAGGCCGGGCCACCUGCAGGAGUGCCCUUGGUGUGUGUCCCAGAGGUUCUGUCUGCCCUGGGGCUCUGCUUAUGGGGCCCUUCCCUACAGGUGGUCCUGCAGGCCUGGGCUCCGCUUCACCCUCAGCUGGUUGUGCUGGAGCAUCUCCUUGGCUCUGGCGAGAGCCUCUUCUGCAGGGACAACCACAUGGGGUGUCACCCCCACCCCUUCCCAGGAGCUGCCAUCCGAGGCCCCCACAGAACGGGCCGUGGGGAUAGUGAGGUAGAGGUUGGUGUCAUCCACGUGGUAGGUCUGUGGUGGCUGGCAGCCCCCACUGGUCACCUCCCCAAUGACCAGGGCCCGGCCCAGCCUCUUCAUGAUAUAGGUGAACUCCUCCGCGGUGCCGGCCGUCACACUGCUCGUCAGAAUGACCAUGCUCUUCUUGGAGCCAUAGCGUUCACCUGGAAGACAGAAGGCCCUUCAGGAUGGGGGUCAUGUCAGGACCCUGGAGCACCUGUCUUCUCUAUCCUGCCUGGGCCUGCAGUGAUGGAGGAGGCCUGGGGGUUUAGGUCUGUGUCCUUGUGUCCACUUGUGAGCCACUUGACUUCUCUGAGCCUUGAUUUCUGCAUCAGUAAAAUGGGGACAAGAAUGCAUGCCCAAUCACGAGGAUUUCAGUGCUUGACAACUCCCAACGAGGCCUUUUUAUGCCAAGUGAUAGGAAAGGCUUGACUCUCCUGAGAAAGGAGCAUCCUCUCUCUUCAUGAAUAAUGAGAACACCUAAACUGACCUGACUUCCUUUUCACUCUGGACUCAGAAAAGCCCAAUUUGUGAUGUAUAAGAACAACUCUCCCGGACAGCACUGUCCAACAGGAAUGCAACAUGAGCCAGAAUGCUGGCCAUAGAUGUCAUUUUAGGUUCCCUAGUAGCCAUGUUAAGCAAGCAAAAAGAAACCCAUGGUGUUAAUUUUAAUCGUGUUUUGUUUAAGCCAAUGUAUCCAAAAUACAUUCGUUUCAAAAUGUAAUCAAAUAAAAUUAUUG